AGAGGGAUUAAGGCAUCAUGACCGAGGACCUGUUAAGAAACACACAGGUGUCCAUGAAGCUGGCCGCUUUGCGCUUUAUGGACUUGCCACUGUCAGUCUAUUACUCCCUUCCACAGGUGAGUCUGAGCACCGGCACCAAGAAGCUCUUUGUCGCAACUGCCUUCGGCGCGGUCUCCCUUAUCUACCUCGCCCGGCGCCUCAGGAGGAGGAAGGGCAAGAAAAAAGCCAGUUCGCCUGUAGAGCAGGAAACGUUCGAGUUCCUCAACACUGUCCCAUUGAAAAAAGAGACGGAGUGUCAGAAUCUCCCUCUUAACUCAAAGAACUGCUACUCGUGUAAUGUGGUGUCCAGUGGUAGCCUGUACAGCAAGCUUUCGGGCUCCCUGCUGAGCCUGGCCUCCGUGAGGAGCAGGCACUCCUCCGGUAGCUCCACCUGUGCUAAUGGCUCCAGUUGCUGGGACGGAGCAGGAGAUGACAAUGACGUCUGUAACGUGCUCAACAUCCCCGUCACGACUCCAGAGAACCUCUACCUGAUGGGAAUGGAGUUGUUCGAGGAGGCCCUGCGGCGCUGGGAACAGGCGCUAACGUUCCGCAGCAGGCAAGCGGAAGAUGAGGAAAACUGUGCGUCCGUCAAGCUGGGAGCUGGAGAUGCCAUUGCAGAAGAAAGCAUGGAGGACAUCAUCAGUGUAGAUUUCAUUCGAAAGCUGGAGUCCCUGCUACAGAGAGCCUAUCGGCUUCAGGAGGAGUUUGAGGGAGCGCUGGGAAUGACAGACCUUUCAACACAUCCUACUAGCGACAAGCACAUGGAUCUCUCCGUGCGGGAGGACUUGGAGGACACCUGUCUGAGAGAUUCAAUCAGCAUCGCCUCAACAGAUUCCUUCGUCUCUGCUGCAGAGUUAUCUGAGCACAGAGAGAUGAGGAGUGCCCAUGCGCUAGAGUCACUGUGUCAUCACCCCUUCUAUGAGGAUGCCCUGCAGAUGGCUGAGGAAGGAAAGAUCUCCUGCCGAGUGCUAAGAACUGAAAUGCUUGAAUGUCUUGGAGACACUGACUUCCUGGCAAAGCUGCACUGUAUACGGCAGGCGUGUCAGGUCAUCUUAUGUGAAAGAGCCACUAGAGCAUUUCUGGCUGACACAGGAAAGAAGAUAUUGUCUUCAAUUAUUGUCAAAGCAAGGAAGAGCCCAAAGAGAUUUGAGGAGGUGUUUGAAGAAAUGAUCUGUUUUCUGGAGCAAACGGACCAUUGGGAGAACACUGAAAUUGAGCUUUCUGCAAGAGGGGUUAAACAUCUGAACUUCUAUGACAUUGUUCUCGACUUCAUCCUUAUAGACUCAUUUGAGGAUCUUGAGAAUCCACCUAUCUCUAUUCAAAAUGUGGUCAACAAUCGUUGGCUCAACAACUCUUUCAAAGAGACGGCUGUUGCAUCAAGUUGUUGGGCUGUUCUGAAACAGAAGAGGCAACAUAUGAAGGUUCAAGAUGGCUUCAUUGCGCAUUUCUAUGCAGUGUGUGAACACAUAAGUCCUGUCUUGGCCUGGGGGUUUCUAGGCCCUAAAAGUUCCCUGCAUGAUUUCUGCUGCUUCUUCAAGGAACAGGUGCUGUUCUUCAUGAAGGACAUUUUCGAUCUGGAUAAAGUACGUUACGUAACUCUGGACACUCUGGCUGAGGACAUCCUGCACUUGCUUCACCGACGCUCUGAACUGCUUCUUGCCUAUCUGGGCACUGACAUGAUCCGUCACCUAAACGGCUGUAGUGGCACACCUUUGCACCUGGUAGCCAGUGCUUUGCUGGAAGCACAGGUUCAGUGAGCUACAUCCGUCUGUCACACCCUCCACAUUUUCAUGGAUGUUACCUACAGCUGCUGAGUCCACUGUGCAUCAUGACUCUUGUCUUUUAAGUCAUUAUUAGUGUCAUGUCAAUGCAUUGUAAAGUUUGUCUAGCAUUUAAAAUGAAGUGGAUAAGAAUGGACAGAGAUGUUUAUUUUAUAUGCCUUCCAUGUGGUAUUAAAGUAGCUUUAAUUUUAUACUUUUGAGGGAUUUGCACAAUGAAUGAUCAGAAUUUUUGGGUCCUUGAUGUUUUGAGACUUGAAAGCUUUAACUCAGUUUUAAGUAUGAGUAUUUUAAUAGUU